UUCAUUGUUUAUAGUGACGCUGCAGUCCCACGAUCACAAUGAAGCAAAGCAAGCACUUUGACGUGCGAGGCAAGUCCGUCGUCAUUGCCGGUGGAUCAAAAGGACUGGGCCGCGAACUCGCCAUCCAGCUCACGACCCAAGGCGCCCAUGUCACCAUCCUCGCUCGAAGCCCAGGCCCACUGGAGGAGACCCGGCAAGAGCUACUGUCGCAUACGCAGUCUCCCGAUCAGGUGAUCGGUGCCUCGGCCGUGGAUCUGACAGACCCAAAACAGGUGCAAGACUUCAUCACCUCCCUGCCAGCCCCACCAUCCAUUCUCUUCAUAGUCGCUGGAGGCACAGCCGCUCAGGUUGGCUUCUUCGCCAACAUCACGACCGAGGAGAUCAAAUCCUGCAUGGACCAGAACUACUUCGCAGCCGCGUAUAUCGCUCACGCAUGUCUGCGCCGAUGGCUCAAGGAGCCACCUAGUAGUCCCACGGAGAAACGCCACCUCAUCUUCACCGCCUCGACCGCAGCCUUCCUCGGCUUCCCGGGCUACGCGGCAUACGCGCCCACCAAGGCCGCCACCCGCGCGCUCGCCGACACCCUGCGCCAGGAGGUUCUGCUCUACCGCUCGCAGCAGGACAUCCGGGUGCACUGCGCCUUUCCGGGUACGAUCUACACGGGUGCCUUCUACCAGGAGCAGAUCCGGAAGCCGCAGUUGCUGAAGGAGCUGGAGGGGACCGCGGAGAACAAGGGCGGGCUUACCGCGCCUAGGGUGGCGGAGCUGACGCUGAAAGGGCUGUGUGAGGGGCGGUUCUUUAUCACCGUGGACAGCGAGACAGACUUGUUGUUGAACAAUAUGCGCGGCCCCAGUCCCAGGGAUCGGCCGGUCCGUGACUGGAUUGUGGGGCUGGUCGCGUCGUUGGUAUGGCCCGUAUAUCGGUGGCAGUUCGAUCGGAAGACGGUGGCGUAUGGCAAGGAGGAGAUGUCUAAGCGAUCUGAUUAGGGUUGGUUGGAGUACUUAUUCUUUCUAACGAGGUGAGGCUAUUAUUAUUCAUCAUCCAGGGGACCAAUCGAUUGGACAAUCGUGGUCUUCGAUAAUGGCUCCGCGCAUGUUUACAAACUACAAGCUUUACACGACUUGUUUUCUCCCAGUCUAAUAUAACCUCAUUACAGUUAC